AGGUUAGUUUGUGUUUGUUGCUAAGGAACGGUGGAGUCUGACUCUGGUCCAAUCAGUGGAGGAGAGGAGCGUCACGUGGAGUGAACGGACCAAUCACAGAGCGGUUAGCCGCUAACUGUUCGAGUUCAUCAAGCUUCUGUUUUCAGACACUUUUCAGGCGAAUUCAGGCAUAAAACUGGUCAAAAAUCACAGAUUGUUGCUUUGAUGAAGCUUGUUUCCGGGUCGGAAYCAGUCCUCCUCUGUUCCUCUCAUGAGAAAAACCAUGAAGACCAGGUCCAGUUCUCCUCCGGUCCACGUGCACGUCAGAGACAGCACACCUGUCCACGUGCACGUGAAGAGCCAGAGGACAAGUCCCAGCAGGGCCGCUGAGAGAAGGACUAACGUGGACCGGACCGGCCUUCGUCCCACAGCUAAGGUCAGAACCUGCAGGCCUUGGGUCCCACCAGGAAGACCCUCACUGAGGGGCGUGUCCACCAAGUGGGAGGGGCCGCUCACAGAACCAGAACCAGAACCAGAACCCUGCCAGUCUACUCUGCGCCUCUCUGACCUGACCCCAGAGGAAGACGAGGUCCUGCAGGGACGGAUCAGUCAGUACGAGAGGACCAUCGACAGCUUGAUGACAGAAGUCAGCUCUCUGAAGAACCAGGUGGAGCUGAGGAGGGCGGAGCAGCUGAUCCUGGACCAGGAGCAGGAGCUGGCUCAGGUGACCCAGGAGCUGCGAGACAGCGAGCGACAGAACUCCGGACUGGUCCGGUCCAUGGACCGGCUKCUGCAGGGGGCGGAGCCAGAGCCGCGGGGACAGCUUCUGCUCAGGAAGCUGCUGCAGGCUGAGGCUGAUGGAGCUGCUGCAGCUCAGAACAUCUCAGCUCUCAGAGACUCUGUCAACAACCUGCUCGCUUCUGGUCCACAGAAGCUGUCCUCGGCUCUGAGCCGGCAGAAGGAGCUGCUGCUGCAGAAGCUGAAGACCUUUGAAGCCACAAACAGAAGCCUGAGGCACCUCCUCAGGGAGCAGCAGGAGGCUCAGGUGGAGUCCAACCAGCUGCAGGAGCAGAAGAACCAGUUAGUGAGCAGKCUGGCAGAAACACGAGCCCAAAACUCUCUGCUGGAGGUGAAGCUGCAGCAGAAAGACUCGGAGCUUAAUGAUCUCUGCAGACAGCUGGAGUCAGAGAAGUCCACAGUGUCCUCGGUGGAGGACCGUCUGUCUGCGUGUCAGUCUGAGCUCCUGCAGGUCCGCUCCUCCAUCAGGCAGCAUGAAGACCUGCUGGAGUCCUACAAGCUGCAGGUCGGGAAGACCCGGGCCGAGGCCGACGAGUACCGAGCCCAUCUGGACCAGGCUGAGCGGGAGGCCCGGUCCGUACGGGAGGAGCUGGACCAGGAGGUCCAGGAGGUGCGCCGGGGUCUGCUGGUCCGGCUGGAGGAGCUGGAGGCCCUGCCUGAGGCCCUGCACCGCUCCCAGGACCUCMUGAAGGACGCCCAGGACCACCAGGACAGCUUGGAGAAACAGAACCUGGAGCUCAGCAGGACCCUGACCCAGCUGAGGACCAAGGUGGAGACUCAGGGAAGCCAAAUGGACCUCCUCAGACAGAAGAAGAAGGUUCUGAUGGAGGAGAACCGUCAGGUCCAGCAGCAGGUCCAGACUCUGGAGAGGAAGCUGGAGGAGGCGGUCCGUCAGAACUCAGACCUUCUUGCUCUCGUGGCUAACCGGGACAAAGCAGUCCAGGACAACCGGGUGUCUCUGGAGGACAAGACCCGGGAGUGUUCUGUCCUGAGCCGCCGGCUGGAGGAGGUUCUGGAAGACGCUCGCCAGCAGAUCUCAGAGACCAGAGACCGGGCUGCUGCUAAAGAACACUCCACCCAGUCCAAGAUCCUGGACCUGGAGACCCAGCUCAGCAGGACCACCUCAGAGAUCGAGAAGCUGAAGCGCAGCAAGGAGGAGGUGGAGAGGCGGUACCAGAGCCGAGUGCAGGACCUGAAGGACCGCCUGGACCAGUCGGACAGCACCAACCAGAGUCUGCAGAACUAUGUCCAGUUCCUCAAGACCUCCUACUCUAAUGUGUUCAGCGACGUGGUCCUCAGAGCCCCCCUGUAGACCCCUGCAGACCCCCUGUAGACCCCUGUAGACCCCCUGUAGACCCCCUGUAGACCCCUGCAGA